AUGCAACCCCCCACCACCAACACCCAUGCAUUAAUCAACACCAAAAUCACCACCCCUAAAAGACCAAAUAACUCCACCUCCGGCCACCACCACCGACCCCAUGGCACCACAACCCAGGCUUGCGCUGCUUGCAAGUACCAACGGCGCAAGUGCGCGGCCGACUGUAUCCUAGCCCCUUACUUUCCCCACGAUCGCCAGCGCCAAUUUCUCAAUGCCCACCGCCUUUUCGGAGUUAGCAACAUUGUCAAGAUCGUCCGCCACCUCGACCCAGCCGCCCGCCACCACGCCAUGCGAACAAUCAUUUUUGAGUCUGAUGCCCGAGCCGCCGAUCCCGUUGGCGGCUGCCACCACAUCAUCCGCCACCUCGAGUAUCAACUUUUCCUUGCCCGCUCUGAGCUUGACCUAAUUCUCCACCACCUUACCUUUUGUCGUGCCGCCACACUCGGCCAUCACCCACACGACGAUGAUCCACCCGACGUGAACUCUUCGUGCAUCCAUGCUCGUAAUAAUAAUAAUAAUAAUAUUGGUGGGGAUGAGCUGAAUGAGGAGUGUCACAAUAAUCGAGUGAGGGGUCUAUCGACAGAGGAUUGCCAGCAGAUGAGGUGUAUUCUCGAUCACCUAUCGGUCACGGAUGAUAUCAAGUUUGAUGAUCAUACAGACAUUCUCACAAGCAGCAAUGACGUUUUGACUAGAGAAAACGAGACAUUCAAGGAUGAUGAUGAUGAUGCCGAUAGGCCCUUCUCGUACAUACACGAUCAGCAUGAUCUAAAAGCUGCAACCACAUUCUUCACCCUCGCAAACUGUGAUAUUUGA